CUAUUGUGCAGUUGCUUGUACUGUUCCUGAUGGAGUUACAGAAAGAGAAGAGCGUUGAGGAGGCGGUGAAGCGUCGAAAGAGAGGAACCAAGGAUGAAUCUCUGGAGCCUGUAACCACCGUGGACGAUGCAGUCAGUGGUGUAGCUGAUCAUACACAGAAAGCAUCAACUGGAGAUAACAUGAUUUUGGGGAUCCUGACGACGCAGGCGAACCAAAUACAAGCCUUAACGGCAGUUGUGGCACAGCACGGUCGAGUGCUGGAACUUCUAGCAUCUUUGAAUGUACCGGCUUCUUGUGACAAGAAACCUAAGAUGGAUCUGAAUCUAAACUUGCAUCCCUCAGGCGUGGAUAUUUACGGUAAAAAUGGAACACUUCAGGAGCCGGUGAAAGUGGUGGCGAAUGCCGGAACUCUCUCAGGUGAAGCUCCGACACGCCAACAGUGUCCUCCACCAGAACAAGUGGACGUUGCCCGGGGUUUAUCGGGCCAAACGCCUACAAGGAUGUCGAGGGUCAACAAGGGAAAAGCCGGCACACGCCAACCAGCAUCGGAACUCAACUUACAGAGAAAGCUUUCAUUUAAAGAUGAAGGGAAUUCCUCAGAAGACCUCAUAAGAAACAUAAGGUCAACAGGUCCUGGCUCUCCAUGGACAUUUUACACACACCGGAGCGCGGACAUUAAGUCGGAGGAGACUCCAAAGUGCCUGGACCUCUCAUUCUGGCCCCCGCCAGGGAUGCAGUUUGUCGGCCACGAACUCGCUGUUGCAGCCUACAUCUUCGGCAACGGGCUAUCACCGAGCGAAAUCCUGGUGGAAAAUGAACAUUGCAUCGGGAAUAGGGAAGCCCUCUUGACAUUACGCCCUGGAGAGGAGGUCGUUGACGACGUUAUCAACCUUGUCGUAGCAAUGGUUUCCUCAAAUAAGGCUGAGAAACGACGGUGGUGGCUACCAACCACCUUUGCGCAAAUUGCUAGUAACCCAGGCCACCACUGCAAGGCAACUCUUGAUUACAUCGUAGCAAAGUACACGGGGUUCGCCGACAAUUUAUUGAAGAUUUAUGUUCCGCUCCACAUGCGAGGCCAUUGGUAUUUGAUGAUUGUUGACAUGUGGGAUGAAAAUUUGAUUUAUCUAGAUUCAUUAAAGUCUAGUGUGGACCGACAGGCUCGAAUAGAUAAAAUGCUGGAAGUCGCUCGGUUACUUGAGCUGUUGUUGUCGGAGACGUCUUCAUACUUCGGCAAGACGACUGUGCCGAAGUCUAUCUCCAAGUUUAGGAUCCAGGAGCCACAGAUUUCUCAACAGGCAGCCGACUCCAACGACUGCGGAGUUUGGGUUGCAGAGUGGAUGAUCCAGUACGAUUUAUGGGCAUCUUAUGACCUUCAGGUGAUCAAUGAACACACCAGAAUGACCAUUGCUGUUGAUCUAGUUAUGGGUGAGCACAACCCAAUCUCCGAAGAAGUUCAACAAAAAGCGGUUCAAUUCUGGGACACGAAUAUGAUAUGCUCUUACUUGAAAGGAGCUAGACCAAGAAAGAGGACCCGUAGUCCUGUGGGGCCACUAAGUCCCUAGGUUAUAUGUGGCUGAAAGUAUAAACUUUUUUGGGUUGUUGAAUGCAGUAUGGAAUGCUUUAAUGGAUCUUUGGUAAUAGGAAUUGGUCUUGGUUAGACACUUUUGUAGGUAGUGAAUUUUUUUACUUAGAGUGACAGAACCACAAUCUGGGUACAACCAACCUUGUCGUGUGACCGCACCUAUUGGGGUAACAUUAGUUGGAGUUAAAUGCGUCAACAGAGAUCUGCUUUGCUUUAAUUUUUUUUUUGUGCCCAUACAUGCGCCUGAUGAAAUUUUUUGGAUUGUAAUUGUUGGUCACUAUUGUACUCAGAAGUCAAAGUAAUCGUAUAGGAUGAUGUGAAUGUUCCUCUGUAGAUACAAAUUGUAUAUGAAAUGCUACUCCAUAUUCAGUAA